GUCAGAGUUGGCGAUCCUUUCCCGAGCGUGGCCGGCUUUGAGGCAGAGGCGACCGCAGACAGGACUGGACGAAAGGCUUAGGCUCCUCUCCGGUAAACUCUCUGUCCCGUUUUCCGUUCAGCGGUCCAUGGCCCGGUAACCAUGACGGAUUACGCCGAGGAGCAACGCAAUGAGCUGGAGGCUCUGGAGUCCAUCUACGCCGACUCUUUCACGGAAUUAUCCACUUCCCCUGCAAGUUUCUCCAUCACAAUAGCAUCCGAGGCAGGAGAAGAUGAAGAAAAAGUUGAAGUGGUUCUCAAGUUUACCUAUGUAGAGUCCUAUCCAGAUGAAGCUCCCUUGUAUGAAAUAGUCUCCCAAGAGAACCUUGAAGAUAGCGAUACAUCAGAGGUCCUGACUCUGUUGGAGGAGCAGAUUCAAGAAAAUCUUGGGAUGGUCAUGAUUUUCACUUUAGUAUCCGCCGUUCAAGAGAAACUUAAUGAAAUUGUAGACCAAAUAAAAAAUAGAAGAGAAGAGGAGAAAAUACAGAAAGAAAUAGAGGCAGAAGAAGCAGAAAAGGUGCGGUUUCAUGGAACUCCUGUAACGAUUGAAAACUUUCUUAGCUGGAAAGCAGCGUUUGAAGCAGAGCUAGCAGAAAUCAGAAGAAAAAAACUCAAGGAAGAAGAACAGGCAGGGAAGAAUAAAUUAACUGGGAAGCAGUUAUUUGAAACGGAUCACAAUCUGGAUACAUCAGACAUAAAGUUCCUGGAAGAAGCUGGUAACAACGUUGAGGUGGAUGAGUCUUUAUUCCAAGAAUUAGAUGAUUUAGAACUGGAUGAUGAAGAUGAUCCAGAUUGCAAUCCUGAUGAUCUAGAAAGUGAUUGAUACCCUGCAACUGUUUUAUGCGAGUGACCAUGUAAGUCACAGUAUCUGUGACUACAGCAAGAAUGCAUCAUGUGCUGAUAAAUAGUUUUUUGUUUUAAGUCAUGUUUUAUUAUCGGGAGAAAAGCCUUCUGAUGAAUUUCAAUACUGAUGCCUAAUAAAUUGACUUAAAAUAUUUUUGUGUUCCUUUGAUUGCAAAUGUAACACAAAACAAUUAAAGUUGACUUAUAAAAAUGUAAA